AUGAUGUUCCUGCCCUUUUCCCCUCCCCCCUCCUCCUCUCUCUUCCCUGUUUUCCUUCUACUCCUCCUUUUCCUCCCUCCAUCCCUCGUCUCCUCCUCCCUCUCCCACACCCCGUUGAGCUGGACUUCGCCUCACGACCCAUGCUACUACCUAGACGGCCGCCCGCGUCACUGCCUGUCGGAGUUCAUCAACGCGGCCUAUGGCGUCCCAGCCAACGCCAGCCACUCGCUGCACGAGCCCGAUUAUGACAGCAACAUCACCACCCUGACGGACCUCCACAACCCGCACAACCUCACCUGCUGGAUGGCUCACGGAGGUCAUGACUCCGGAGAAUGGGUCAUCACGCUUCCGCUGGGUCGCCGCUUUGAGAUCACCUACAUCAGUUUGCAGUUUUGCCAACAGGGGGAGCCAUCGGACCCGAUCUCCAUCUCCAUCCUCAAGUCGAUGGACUACGGGCGCACCUGGAGGCCGAUGCAGCACUACUCCAGCGACUGCCUCGGAAACUUUGGGCUGCCCUCCCAGACGGUGGCUCAGACAAGACACCAAGAGACAGAACCCCUCUGCUCAGACCCGCGCCCCCUGCAGAAGCAGAGGGGCGGCAUGGUGUUGGCGUUCUCCACCCUGGACGGACGGCCAUCCUCUCCUGACUUUGACUACAGCCACACGCUUCAAGACUGGGUGACAGCCACGGACAUCCGCGUGGUCUUCCACCAGGUGCCUAAAGACGCCAAAGUGGUCAAUGUGGAUAAGAAAGAGGAGGUACGAUGGCGUGACGGUGCAGAAGACGACAGAGGGCUUCUGAUGUGGAAAUUAGGCUACAAGGGGCGCACUGGAGAUCAGGUCGACAAAUUAAACACGGAUAAUACACUGGCAUUUUUUGAGAGGGAGACAAAAAACUCAGAGAUAAGGGGGAGGCACAAAGUGGAUAAAAGUGGGAGAAAGGGUCAUAAUAAAGGGUCGGAUGAAGACGAAGAUGGACAUAACGUGACCAGCAAGGAAGGGGGGGAUAGUUUUAGCACGCCUGCUUCUUCAAAGAAAAGCGGGAGAACCAGAGGGCGUGGUCGCAAGAAGGAAAGCAGUAAUUGGCUGCCGUGCCCCAGUGGAGGCUGUGUUUGGACAGUUGAGGGGCGGGGCAGGAACAACAAGGGGCGGGAACUGAGGAAGAGGAGGAACAAUAAUCUCAACACAAAACAAAGCUCCAGGAACCUGCAGGCGGCCCCGCCCUCGGCGCUCCGGGCUCCUCUGGCUCUGUCGGACCUGCAAGUUGGCGGCAGGUGUAAAUGUAACGGACACGCUUCCAGGUGUCGCCGUGACGAUGCAGGUCAGGCAGUGUGCAUGUGCGAGCAUCACACGGCGGGGCCGGACUGUGAUGUGUGUGAGGAUUUUUACUACGACAGACCGUGGCAUCGAGCCACACCCACACACCCAAACCCCUGCGUUGCCUGUGAGUGUAACGGCCACUCAAACAAGUGCCGCUUCAGCAUGGAGGUGUUUCAGCAGUCGGGCCGGCGUAGCGGAGGUGUGUGUCAGAAGUGUCGUCACCACACGGCCGGACGCCACUGCCAGUACUGCCAGAACGGAUACACCCGCGACAACAGCAAGCCGCUGAACCACCGCAAGGCCUGUCAACCAUGUCAGUGCCAUCCUUUGGGAGCAGUGGGUCGCUGGUGUAACCAGACAUCAGGUCAGUGUCUGUGUCGAGAAGGGGUGACCGGCCCGAGGUGUAACCGCUGUGCCCCGGGAUACAAACAGGGCAAGUCCCCUCUGCGGCCCUGUAUACGAAUUCAAGAAGUCGCUCCGACCCCGGUGUACCAACCUCAGUACAGCAUAGCGGAGGAGUGUGUUUCAUACUGCCAGCCUUCUCAGAUUAAAGUCAGGAUGAACUUGGAGACCUAUUGUCUCAAGGACUUCGUGCUGAAGGUGCAGGUGAGAGGGAUGGAGCGUUCAGGUCCCUGGUGGCAGUUCUCCAUCUCCGUCCAAACCGUCUUCCGUACAGGGUCCACCUCCCGCGUUCGCAGGGGCCCCCAGUCCCUCUGGGUCCCGGACCGCGACCUCGGCUGCGGCUGCCCCGCCCUCCACGUGGGCCGGACCUUCCUCCUGAUCGGUGCCGAGGAGGGGGAGCGGGGCUGGGGCCCCGAGGAGAGUCGGCUGGUGGCGGACCGCUCCACUCUGGCCCUCCAGUGGCGGGAACACUGGAGCCCCAAACUGAGGGGCUUCCGGGGGCAGGACAAGAGGGGCCGCUGCCCGCCGAAGUCCCACAACAGCCAGCAUCAUCACAUGGAGCGGACGAGGCCCCAGACUGGGUACGUCCCCCCUCACCUGCUGACUGAGGACCACACGGAGCCUCACAGAGUGAACACACACACCUCAGUGGAGCCACACACACACUCAGAGGCCACACCCACAGAGGCAGCCCCCUCGCCAACUGCACCCGAUCUGGUGUGCUCGACUCAAGGACCCGGAUGAAAAACUGAAACAACAAAGAGGCUUAAAAACAAGGACAAAUUUUUAUCCUCCUGCAAGAACUCAACAUGGUUUCACAGG